GCCAUCGCCGAAAGUCUACCACUACCGGACCAAGUUAACUCCGCAUCCACAGGAGCCACCUCCACGUCGACAACGGCUUGCAUGGCAAGGGGGAGAGGCGUCAGUGGACUACUCGGCCAUCGGCUUCUUGGAGCAGGACUGGGGUGAUGCCCGCGAUGCCUCCGGACGACGCUGGCGCAAAGUUGUGGACGUCAGGUCGUGCCCAAUCGCGACAGAGGCUUUAAAUGAGGCCUUGCCCGCGGAACGGACGAAGGCCAAAUCUGGACGCCUGAGCGGGCCAUUGCUUCUUCGAGAUACCACGGAAGACGGAGUGGUGACGGAUCCUCAGCAGGUGGUCACCGAAGUGUUGUCAGAGCUUGGGGCCUUUUCCUUCAGAGCUGGCGGUUUUUUCCAGAACAACUCCUCCAUUCUGCCGGCCUUUGUUCAGCACGUGCUGUCAGCUGCUGUGCAGGACUCACCAGAGGUCCUGGUGGAUUUGUACUGCGGUGUGGGGCUCUUCUCUCUUUCUGGAGCCAACCACUUCCAGCGGAUUUUCGGGGUGGAGGUGGAACCUGUUGCUGUAAACCUGGCGCGUGCAGCACUGGAUUGCCAUCGGAUGUCGUAUUUGUCCAAAAUUGAAAGUGUACACAGUGCACGUGGAUGUACAUGGUGUAUCUUUAUUCCAAAAAAGUGUUCAAUAUGUUUUGUACUGCGCCAUACUGUACUUUGGAUCCAUGUUGGGUUUAUGGUUGAAAUCGUUCAGAAAAUUGACCCAGUCCCAGAAAAAAGUACCGAUUUCCCAGGCCGCAAUGCGGCAGCCCACGGCCAUGGCCAUGUGCAGUUUCUGGCAGCCGAUGCUGCAAAUGGCCUCAGGGAAGUUGCAAGAUCAUUGCGCUCCGAGAAGGUAGUGGUCGUUGUGGAUCCCCCUCGACAAGGUUUGAAAGAGGAGGCUCGGCGAGCACUGCUGACGUUGCGACCUCAACGGAUGGUCUACGUCUCCUGCGACUGCGCGACCCAAGCGCGAGAUCUCAAGGACUUUGUGGCGGAGGGCUACGUCGUGAAGCGCGCGACACCCUUCGACCUCUUUCCACAGACCAGACAUUUGGAGGUGGUUGUGGAACUGGAGCUGCUGGAGCAUCGACAAAAAGUAUGCCUUUGGAAUCUGCUUUUGUGUCAUUUGAUGCGCUCACAGUGAA